UACACGGAUAGAUUCCCCAGAACGAAGAAAGAAAGGAGGGCAAAAGAUAGAGAGAGAAACCAAACCACACAGCGAAGGAACGAGGGAGGAAGAGAGAGAGAGAAGUAAAGAUAAAGGCGGAGUAGGGUUUCGUUUGUGGAUUCUUCUUCUGGCGCUUAGGGUUUGGUUUCGCCUUGUGAUUCCCGCAGCUUUCGCUCCGUAUGAGUCCGCAUGCUUUAAAUAUGGAAGAUACCAAGCCACCGGGUUCAGUCCCUGCCGCCGACAAUUCCGUCUCAAACGAUGGAGGGGCACCUUCCAGCGAUGCUCGAUUUGCUGAUUUUUGCAAGACUGGGCUCUCUUUAAACGAGAAAAUUUGCACAGAAGCUAUGGAGCUGUUUAACAAAACCAAACACCUUCUAUCUGCAACUAUGUCUGCCAUUGGCACUGGAACGGCAGAAGAUGCAGAAAACUACUGGUUUGCGUUUGUUUUGUUUUCUGUGAAAAGAUUAAGUGAGAGCAGUGCAGAUGAUUCAAGUCAGGGAGUUGGUGAAAAUGGACUCACCUUAUGUCAUAUACUGAGAGUUGCAAAACUGAACAUUGUGGAUUUUUUUAAAGAACUACCUCAGUUUAUUAUCAAGGCUGGUCCAAUUUUAAGUAACCAAUAUGGUGCAGAUUGGGUUAAGAGACUAGAGGACAAGGAGAUGCAGGCUAAUUUUGUGCAUUUGAGCCUCUUAAGCAAGUAUUACAAGCGUGCAUUUGGGGAAUUUUUUUUGGCAAGUGAUUCAAAAGUUGAUGAGCAUUCAGCUACUGCCAAUCCUACAGGCUAUGUGUCAGAUUAUUUUCGGUUUGGGUGGUUGUUGUUUCUAGCACUCCGUAUACAUGCAUUCAGUCGUUUUAAGGACCUGGUUACCUGCACAAACGGCUUGGUUUCUAUCUUGGCAAUCUUAAUUAUUCAUGUCCCUGUUUGCUUUAGAAAUUUCACCAUCCAUGAUUCUCCCCGGUUUGUUAAGAACCGCAAAGGUGUGGACCUGCUUGCAUCACUUUGCAAUAUUUAUGAGACGUCAGAGGAUGAGUUGAGGACAACAAUGGAAAAAACCAAUGAAUUAUUAGCAGAUAUUUUGAAGAAAAAUCCUUGUCCUGCAAGCGAAUGCAAAAGUGAAAUUCUUGAGAAUAUUGACACAGAUGGUUUGAUUUAUUUUGAAGAUCUACUGGAGGGCACAUCACUAUCCUCCAGUUUAAAUAUUCUAGAAAGAGAUUAUGCUGAUGCAACAAAUGGAAAUUGUGGACUAGAUGAGAGGGUGUUUGUUAAUGAUGACGAUAGCUUGCUUGGUUCAGGGAGCUUGUCUGGAGGUACAUUGAUUAUUAGUGGGGCCAAGAGGAAAAUUGACUCAAUAGCAUCUCCAGUGAAGACAAUCACAAGCCCACAGUCUCCGUACCGCUCUCCAUCUUCAUCUCAUACAAAUGGAAUUGUUUGCGGUGGUAACUCCAGGAUAACUGCUACACCUGUAACCACAGCAAUGACAACUGCAAAGUGGCUACGGACAGUCAUUUCUUCACUUCCACCAAAACCCUCACCAGAGCUAGAGCGGUUCCUUUCAUCGUGUGAUAGGAAUGUGACCACUGAUGUGAUACGUAGAGCAAACAUAAUAAUAGAGGCUAUAUUUCCACACAGUGGUGUGGGAGAGCGAUGCAUUGCUGGAAGCCUGCAAUGUACAAGCCUUAUGGACAGCAUAUGGGCUGAGCAACGAAGACAGGAAGCACUGAAAUUAUAUUAUAGGGUUCUGCAAGCAAUGUGUGUAGCCGAGGCCCAGGUGCUGCAUGCGAACAAUUUGACGACUUUAUUGACCAAUGAGAGGUUCCACAGAUGUAUGCUUGCCUGUUCAGCUGAACUAGUUCUUGCAACACACAAGACAGUGACAAUGUUAUUUCCCGCUGUGUUGGAGAGAACAGGGAUUACAGCUUUUGAUCUCAGCAAGGUGAUAGAGAGUUUCAUUAGACAUGAGGAAUCUCUUCCUAGGGAGUUGAGACGACAUCUGAACUCCCUGGAAGAGCGGCUUCUGGAGAGCAUGGUAUGGGAAAAGGGAUCCUCUAUGUACAAUUCUCUAAUAGUUGCAAGACCAGCAGUUUCAGCAGAAGUAAAUCAUCUGGGCUUGUUAGCAGAACCAAUGCCGUCAUUGGAUGCAAUUUCCGUCCACAUGAACAUCUCUUGCGGAAGCUUGCCACUUGUGCCAUCUUUACAGAAGAAUGAAGGUUCACCAGCAGGUCAGAAUGGAGAUGUCCCAUCCCCAAAGAGAUUGUGCACGGAAUAUAGAAGUGUGCUGGUUGAGAGGAGUUCAUUUGCCUCACCAGUGAAGGACCGCCUUUUGGCCUUCAAUAACAUCAAAUCAAAGUUACCACCUCCUGCUUUGCAAUCUGCAUUUGCCAGUCCGACAAGGCCAAAUCCUGGAGCUGGAGGGGAGACGUGUGCAGAAGCUGCAAUCAGUAUAUUCUUUAGCAAGAUUGUAAAGUUAGCUGCUGUCAGAAUCAACGGAAUGGUUGAAAGGCUAAAGUUAUCCCAACAGAUAAGAGAGUGUGUUUACUCUCUUUUUCAACGGAUCCUUGGUCAGCGGACGACUCUUUUCUUUAAUCGCCAUAUUGACCAGAUCAUCCUCUGUUGUUUCUAUGGAGUUGCAAAGAUUUCUCAACUGAACCUGACUUUUAGAGAAAUCAUUUUCAACUAUAGGAAGCAACCACACUGUAAACCUCAAGUUUUUCGUAGUGUGUUUGUUGACUGGUCAUCAGUGCACCGGAAUGGGAAAACCGGGCAGGAGCAUGUUGAUAUAAUUACAUUUUACAAUGAAAUAUUUAUUCCUGCUGUAAAGCCAAUACUGGUGGACCUUGCCUCUGUUGGAGCAGCCCAAAAAACUAACCGGAAUCCAGAAACCAGCAAUAGUGCGGAUGGUCAAUGUCCUGGAUCACCUAAGAUAUCACCAUUUCCAACUCUACCUGAUAUGUCACCAAGAAAAGUAUCCGCAGUGCAUAACGUAUAUGUUUCACCAUUGCGGUCAUCUAAGAUGGAUGCUUUAAUAUCAAAUAGCUCAAAAAGCUACUAUGCUUGCGUUGGAGAGAGCACCCACGCGUACCAGAGCCCCUCUAAAGAUCUUACUGCCAUCAAUAACCAUUUGAACGGUAACCGGAAGCUCAGAGGCGCUCUCAAAUUCGACGAUGUUGAUGUUGGUUUGGUUAGUGACUCUUUGGUGGCAAAUAGUCUCUACCUUCACAAUGGUAGGUCAACGACUGCACCUGUGAAAUCCGAACAACUUUAGAGUCCUAAUUUUGCGGUUGCUGCUGCUGCUACUUUAUUUUCAUAUAAAUCUUAGUAGUUUACUUAGCCUUUGCUUUGCUUUAAUUUUAUAUCUGUCUGUCUGUAUGCCAAGGUUGAUCGGCCGGAAGGGGGUACUGUAUGAGCGGUGGGUUAAUGUAGAAUGGCCGCCACUAUCCCCUCUCGCCCUUCUCUUUCCGAGGAAGAAAUGAAAUGCUAUAUAUGUAUGUAUGAUUAUAUACAUCUCGGAAAAUGGUUUAGGGUUUUAAAUUAACUAAUGUUUGUGUG